GCGGCCAUCUUGGCGCCGAGACUUCAUUUCCCAGGCGGCGCGGCGGCGGGGGAGGCGAUGUCCGCCAUCUUACCGCUCCCUCCUCCCCCGGUGCGGCUGGAUUGAAUGAGCCCGCUGCCCGCCUGCUCGUGAAUCGAGCGCCAUGUCAGGCACCCCGAGCCGCGGCACCCCCGGCGGGACCCCGCUGUCACCGACUCGCAUCUCCCGCCUGCAGGAGAAGGAGGAGCUGCGGCAGCUCAAUGACCGCCUGGCCGUCUACAUCGACCGUGUGCGGGCGCUGGAGCUGGAGAAUGACCGUUUGCUGGUGAAGAUCUCCGAGAAGGAGGAGGUCACUACUCGGGAGGUGAGUGGAAUCAAGAGUCUCUAUGAGUCUGAACUGGCUGAUGCUCGAAGAGUUCUGGAUGAAACGGCCAAAGAGAGGGCUAGAUUACAGAUUGAAAUAGGAAAACUGAGAGCAGAACUUGAGGAGUUCAAUAAAAGCUACAAAAAGAAAGAUGCAGAUUUGUCUGUGGCUCAAGGUCGCAUUAAGGAUCUUGAAGUGCUGUUCCAUAGAAGUGAAGCAGAACUCAAUACUGUCCUGAAUGAGAAACGCACUCUGGAAGCAGAGGUGGCUGAUUUGCGUGCCCAACUUGCUAAGGCUGAAGAUGGUCAUGCUGUGGCUAAGAAGCAAUUGGAGAAGGAGACACUCAUGCGUGUGGACUUGGAAAAUCGGUGCCAGAGCUUGCAAGAGGAUCUGGAUUUCAGGAAGAAUGUGUUUGAGGAGGAGAUAAGGGAGACAAGAAAACGGCAUGAACAUCGUUUAGUUGAGGUGGACACUAGUCGCCAACAGGAAUAUGAAUCCAAAAUGGCUCAGGCCCUAGAGGAUCUGCGAAAUCAACACGAUGAGCAAGUCAAACUGUACAAAUUGGAGCUGGAGCAGACUUAUCAGGCUAAGCUGGAGAAUGCCAAACUGGCCUCUGACCAAAAUGACAAAGCUGCUGGUGCAGCUCGGGAGGAGUUGAAGGAGGCUCGCAUGAGGAUAGAAUCUCUCAGCUACCAGCUUUCUGGCCUUCAGAAGCAGGCUAGUGCAGCAGAAGAUCGCAUUCAUGAAUUGGAGGAAAUGAUGGCUGGUGAACGGGAUAAGUUUAGGAAGAUGCUAGAUGCCAAGGAGAGGGAGAUGACAGAAAUGAGGGACCAGAUGCAGCAGCAGCUUACAGAAUACCAGGAACUGCUUGAUGUGAAAUUAGCACUAGACAUGGAGAUCAGUGCUUACCGAAAACUCCUGGAAGGAGAAGAGGAAAGGUUGAAGCUCUCUCCAAGUCCCUCCUCCCGUGUUACAGUCUCUCGGGCUACCUCCAGCAGCAGCAGUAGCAGCACUUCACUUGUUCGCUCUUCCCGAAGCAAGAGAAAACGUAUUGAAGCAGAGGAGCUUUCAGGCAGUGGAACAAGUGGAAUUGGCACUGGAAGUAUUAGUGGCAGCAGUAGUAGCAGUAGCUUCCAAAUGUCCCAGCAAGCUUCAGCUACUGGAAGUAUCAGCAUAGAAGAGAUAGACUUGGAGGGCAAAUAUGUUCAACUGAAGAACAAUUCGGAGAAGGAUCAGUCUUUGGGUAACUGGAGACUGAAAAGACAAAUCGGAGACGGAGAGGAAAUUGCUUAUAAAUUUACUCCGAAGUAUGUCCUCAGGGCUGGGCAGACUGUAACAAUUUGGGGUGCAGAUGCAGGUGUAUCUCAUAGCCCCCCUUCUGUUCUCGUGUGGAAGAAUCAAGGCAGCUGGGGCACUGGAGGAAAUAUCCGCACAUACCUCGUAAACUCUGAUGGAGAGGAAGUUGCAGUGAGAACUGUUACUAAAUCAGUAGUCAUGCGAGAGAAUGAAGAGGAAGAGGAUGAAGCAGAGUUUGGAGAGGAGGACAUUUUCAACCAACAGGGGGAUCCCAGAACAACAUCUAGAGGAUGCUCAGUGAUGUGAAGAAAGAAGAAAAAGAAACUAUUAUUUGCUAUUUUUUCCAUUUAUUUUCUUUUAUUUUUGCUAUUUUUUUCCUUCCAGAGCCACUGAAAACUAUUUUUAUACGUAUCAUCUGAUUUCUUUGAAGUUUACUCCUUGGUACAUUUUUAUAAAAAAAAAUCAAAAAAAAAACCUUUACUGAACAAAACUGCCAGAAUUUUUAAUAGAUUUCUUUAUUUCUCCCUCUUGUUGAAUCACUGUACUGAAAUAUUUUUUUCCCCAUACAGAGUUUAAAGUCUUAUGUACAAACCUGCAGCAGAAAAGAAUUUUUUUUAGCUAAAAUGGGACAAGACUCCUUGAGUGUAUGGUAAAUCUAUAGUCGGUGCAUAUAUAACCAGGAUAACUUAUAUUUAAAAAAAAAAAAGGGAAUUUUAAGAAAACACGUUCAAAUGCAGGGCCUCAGGACUGAUUCAUGAUAGUUUCUUCUGUCCUUCUGUCCUUUAAGAAAUGGUAGUAAGUUGCUGGUGUCCUCAGUAGUGCCCAGCUUAAGAAAAUUAUACACUGCGUUCAUUAAAGUGCUACUCCACCAGUGGAAGUAACAAAGGGUAGUUGCAUUUUCUGUUGGUCUUGGCUCAGGAUCAUGGCAUUUUGUCCUGCUCCAGGAUUUGACAGCCUAGUAUAAACACAUGAAUCCUGUCAACACCAUAGCUCCAUAUCAUUACUUCAGAAGAUGGAGAGUGGUAGCUUCUGCUUUCUUAAGAUAGACACCAUCGUAAUAUAUGGAAGUGUCAAAAACAGUUUUAAUUGUUGUGUUUUCUAGGGAUUUUGACAUUGUCACAAAUGAGAUCUUGUUAAAUUGUGAAUGCAAGUUGCGAUGUACAGUAUUUAUGAUGUUAAGCAUCAUGAUUUAAUAAUCUUGACAUAUCCAGCAUUGAACAGAAUGACUAAGAUUUUAAUGUUGAAAAUAUUUUUACUUUUGGCAAUGAUAAAUAUUUGGGGUUUUAAAGGUUAUCCUGUGUAAAUGUUGAGUUUUUUAGUCAGACGUAGAUGCAGCUUGUUCAUACUUGUUGUAUAUUCAGAGGGGCGUUGUCAGAUAUAUUAAUUUGCAAAAUAGCACAGAAAUAGUUUAAUGACUUUUUUAAAGUUAAAAGGAACUGCUGUUGGUUUGGACAUAAGUAUUGCUUUGCAGAAUUCAGAUCCUCAAAGUAAAGUAACAGUGAGUGAAGUGAAUAAUCCUUUUUAUAAAGAAUGCUUUGUAUUAGUAGCAGAUUAUUUUUAUUUGUGUGAUGCAUUUUGUCUCUGACAGUGUCCCUUUAGCGUCAGGUUUCCUAUGCUGCAUUUCUGUGGAGGUAACUGACUCCUGUAAGGUUAGUAUUCAGAUAGCAGUGCAUCUUUAAGCACUAGGAAAAAGUAAUUGGCUGUUCCAAAGAAUGUAUUGGCUACUGUACAAGCAAAUAUUUUUUUCCAAUAGUUAGUAGUUUGGAUACCAUUUGAUGCCAGCAUAGAAUCCUGUUUUUACCCGCACUCUUGAACUCUGAUCUUGUCAUUCAAAUAGUUUGGACUCAUCAAACAAGCUACAAGGUUUGGAUGUUUUCGGUGGCUUUUGGAUGUAUGUUCUCUGAACAAUAUUAUGACUGACAGAUAUAACCUAGAAAGUCAGUUUAGUGGCUCUGACUGAAGGCUUUGCAAUGCAAGCAAGCAGGGUGGGAACAGAAGUGACUUUUAUGGAUGUAUUUUGCCAUCUAAAAAUAAAUUCAAGAUGCUACUUUUCUCUCAUGGGGUGGGAUAAUUGAAUUACUGAAGUUAAACUAAUGCAAAAGUAAAAUUAUGCUUGUUAUUAGAAGGUACAUUACAAAAAAGCAAUAGGAAGAUUUGGCUGUUUGGGCUAAUGGGAUCAAUUUAUUCACAUUGUUGGCCAUUUUUCUAAUGUAAUUUUCCCACUCUGCUUGAGUAGAAGGUUAAAUACGUAGUAGGUCAUGUCUUUCUUUCUGUCUGUAAAAUGUAUCUAAUGAAAUUAUGUUUCUCAGACAUACUGUUACCAAUUACCUUUUCUAAAUUGCCGUUACACAAAUGAAUGCAAUCAGUGUAAAAAUAUUUUUGCAAUGCACCUUCCAACCACUGGACAUUAUUUCCCUUCCUGACCCACAGCUUCUAUAACAUCCUUACAUAGUGUUUGAGGUUUUUUUUGCAUUUUUUCUUAAGAUCUAUAUAUUUUUUUACAUUGGCCAGUUUUCAGAUUUCUUAUUCUCCUUUAAGAUUGUCCUGUAAAUAUAAGGUUGUUCUGUGAUCUUAAAUACUAAGCAAUGAAUGUGCAGUUCAUUUGCAUUUUUUCUGUGAUUUUUUUUCUGUAAAGAAUGGGCUAGAAAGGCAGCUUGAAUGAGGAAGAACCUCUUGCUACCUGAGCCAUUUUUUUUUUUUUUUAACAGCUACUGUAUGGGAAAUGUGUUGUCUUGUAGCCUUAAGGACCGGUGCUUGCAGGUGUUUUGUGGUGAGCACUGUGCCCUUCAGUAACAGUCUGCAGAAUUUGUCCUUAGAUUUGAAGUUGUUCUUGUAACUUUGGAAACUCUUUUUCUUGAGUACCAUGUUUAGGCAUAUAUAGGUGUUCAUAGAAAACAAUGAUUGAUACUGUGGGAGAGGCUUAAUACAGCAGUCUAAAUGUGUGAUUCUAUCACCACAGUGCUUUCUAAAUGGCUACUUAAAAUUCAAAAAAUAAUUCCAAGCUGUAAACUAAAAGACACAGAAAAACUACUGUAUUCCACUUCUUGUUUUCUUUUUGUCUGUUUUCUUUAGACACUAUCCUUUCUUCUUGCUUUUGAUACUGACCUUCAGUAUAACUGCUUUUACUUUCUGUACUGUCAGUCUAAAGUUGGUGCUCCAUACUGGGAGAUUAUUUUUUUUUGGCUUUAUCAAAGCAAAAAGCAUUGAUUCUUUAGUUUCUCUCUUUAAAGGAUUUUUUUAAUUUUCAGGAUAAUUGAAGCUUUUUGUUCAAAUAAAAAGCAGUGUCGCCUUUCCUAUUUGAUCCUAUAGGGAACCACUCACUGCUCUUGAGGAAUUUAGAUGAUAGUCCACGCUUCUACUCCGUUGUCUGAUACCAAGUGUAGAGCUUUGAAGGAGGAACAUAUUUGACUUAUCAGGAAAAAUUAUUUUAAGGCUUCUCUGAUUAGAGAAAUUAACCAGUAUAGCUUAUGGCAGAAUAGGUGUUUGAGUGUAGCUGCCCGUAUGGAUGUUCUUAUUCCAGAAAAACAAGCAAACAAUUUUAUUCUGGAUGAAAUAAUAAAGACUAUUCCUGAAUAAUUUGCACCGGGGUGAGGGGAAAGGAAUAAGAACAGCAUAACUACAGAAAAAUAGUUAAGCUGAUCUUUUCGUUGUGUAGAUCACAGAGAAUCACACAAAAUACUAGUGAAUGUAUACCUACUCCUAAGUUUGUACUAUGUGAAAAUGGCUGGAUUUGUUCGAACGCAACCAUCUGCAGAACCAUGGGUAACGUGAACGUGGAGUCCUGCGGAGUGAAAUACAAUUACCUAGAGCCUCUGAUGUUUCAUGACACUUCUUUCACCACACUUCUAUAUUUGUUACUUCAGCUGUUGUAUUGCAAUGACUUAUUCCAAGUAAUAGAGUGGCUAUGAUUGCUUUGUUGCUGCACACCUUUAUUUCACAGUCUGUGUUCUUAGGCUCGUUUAGGACUCUGGAUUUGCCCUGACAAAAACAGUAGUUUACACUGAUGCAUUGAUCACUUGUCUUCAGCACUGUUUUGCCAUUAGAUGGGAGUUAGCUGGCAUAGUUUGUGUUUGUAGCAGGAGCCAAAAGUCUCAGGAAGAAAAAUAAACACCUGCUUCCCAUGGACUGUAAUGUAAAAGCCAGACGAGUUUGUCUGGAGCUUGCAUUAGUCACAAAAAUCAUAUUGCAGUGCGAAGCAGACCUUACUGUGAAAGGAGAUUCACUUUUAUGUGUGUUUAUCCUUGAGCAACAGGACACCUCAUGUUCAGUUCAGGGAUCUUACUAUUUUUUUUAUACACCUUUUUCCUUCUUGUUAAUGCUCAUCCUGUAGGAAGGCCUUUUAACUGCAACCUGAACAGGGGUUGGUUAGAAGAGGCUCAUAGAAAUCCCCUCUACACACCAGAACAUUUGAGAAUAUUUUUCUUUCAUGUGUACCAAGAAGAUUUUGAUGCUGUAUGCAAACAUCCAUGAUCUAUGUUUUCUAUGUCUUGUAGCCACUUCUCUCAUUUCCUCACUGUUAAGCUAUUCAGUCUCUUCUUUCUGUAUCUUGUUUUGAAAGUCUUAUCGCUAAACAAAGGCAUAUCCAUAUUUGAUACUGGAUUUUAUUGCCACUGUUGGGUCCAAACCCCACAUCCUACAUAACCAGGAGACAAAGCCUUGUUGUAAACCAGUGAGUGGAAGGUGAGAUAGUGAUUGCAUUUUUGAAAGCAUUGUUUUAGCUGAAUGUCAAGACAAAUUAUAAAUUUUCAUUUGUCAAACAUUUAAAAUGGCCUGGGAAACAGAAUUUUUAUUUGCCCUUCAAUGUGCUUAGCUUUAAACCACUUUAAAAUAAUUUAAGUGUUGUUUUUGUUUUUAUACAAGACCAUAUUUACAUACAAUUAUUAUUUGUAAGCAUAAUGCCUUUCUUGAAAUGCUAAGGUCUAGAGUAUGAAAAGGUUGCUUAAUGUUGAAAGACUGUUUAAAAUAGCACUAGCAGUGAAUUGACUUAGAGUUCAGGAAAAGAAGUCUUAUUGAACUUCUAAAUUGUCUUGUUAGCUUUUAAUGAAGUGACAAUUCUGUCCAUAAGGUGGAUGUUACUCUAUUCCAGCUACCCAGAUCAUCAUUACACUAAAAGUACAAGCAAUAAGCUGUUUUAAACAAGGUUAAGCAAAAAUGCUUUACAUUUGGGCACAAUAUUACCUUCUGGGUUGAACUCUAUUUUCAUAACAGUGAUGCCUUGUGACUUGAAUUGUGAUUUAAUUUAAUUUUUUUUUUUAGCACAGACUUUAUUUAGAUAGCUCUGGUCACUGGCCAGUUUAACUGACCAUCUUCAGUCAGCUGCUGAAAAUUAGUUUUUGGAAGGUUCAGGUUUUUAAAAUGACAAAUUGUGAGAAAGGUUACAAAUUGAAAUACAAGCAAAAGGAUGAAAAUGUUGCAUGGAAAACUACAUGAAAACUACAUGAUGAUCUAGACUUUACCAUUUCAAAGUGUUUUUUUUUCUUUUUAGAAUAUGCAUGCCAAAUGUCUUGUCUUUUUCAAUGAUUUGUAAUAUACAUUUUAUGACUGGAAACUUUUUGUACAACACACUCGAAUAAAUGUUUUGCAUUUUA